CUUACUUCCAUGGUUCCAGAGCUAAAACAUGGCAAGGGUUUGUCCCCCCUCCCCCCAGGGUAAGACUUUUUGGGUUUAUUUGUCGAGGGGGAGAAAGGUAGAGAACCCCCACCCACCCACUGCUUUGCCAUAGACCAGGCCUGCUUAACAGGUGAGCUGUUUUUGGACUACAGCUCCCAUAAGCCUCAGUGACUGUUUUGCAAUCUGCUAGGGAUGAUGGGAGUUGUCGGCCAACAUCUGACGGACGGCUGAAGUUGAGCAGCCCUGGCAUAGGCUUAUUCUCUGUAGGACUAUGACUCCCGUCAUGCCACGCGGCCCCGGAGGCGCCUCACGCAGUAGCCGCGCUGCACGCCGGGAGAUGUUUUCCCUCCAGGGUUGCUUUUCCGACGCUUUACAGUAUAAUCCUCAACCCGGCGAGAAGCGCUCGAAACCAGCCAAGCCGCGCAGCUAGCGAGGCUCUUGUGGGCGCCUGCCGUCCGGCCAGCUCCAAGCCCCUUCCUAUUACUGCCACUUUGCCUGCUUGGUCCAGCCUAGGCCGCUGGUGGUCGCCAAGGAGACCGCCCUCCCGCUCGCCGUAGCAGCCAUCUUGGGUGUGGCGGGCCCUCUUGGGCCUUUCCCGCCCCUCAGGCUGCGUGGAGCCGCUUUUCUUUCUUCCCUGCACCUCUGGGGCGAACGUGAAGGCUGUUCUAGGGCCCGUAAGAAGAGGCGUGAGGAGGGGCAGCAGGCCUGAGGAAGGGCAAAGAUGAAGGCUGCAGCCUGAGCCCGCCAUCUUGGGUGUGUCGUGCAGCAGCCAGGCUCCAAAGUCCACUUUUUCCCCCUUUCUUUUUUGGCAGACUAGCUGUAGGAGGCUUUCCCCCUCCACCACCUUAACUCUGCCCCCUUUGGGGGUGACUUUUUUUGCUUCCCCCCGCCCUUGCUAUAGAGAUGAUAUAGCAAGAAGAACAUAGGCCCAGCGAGUGCCCUACUGGUAGCCCCCCCCCCCCGGGUCACUUUGGCAGGCAAAAUUGGCACCCCAAAUCCACACACACACACACACACACACACACACACACACACACACACACACACACACACUUCUCCCAGAUUCACACACUUCUGGCCCACCGCCCGCUUCCCUCCAGAAGCCCCAGCUGCUGUGGCCAUGCAGAUGUCGCCCAGAGCCGAGGGGGAGACGGGUUCGACUCCUGCCGUGCUGCUGGGGCCCUCCUGCGUCCUGGGCAUCGACGUGGGCACCACCUCGGUGAAAACUGGCCUUGUGAGCAAGACGGAGCACGGGCCAGCCGUGACCCAGAGCUGCACGAAGGAGACGCGGGCACAAGUGGAGAAUGCGCCGGCGGGGCUUCUUCAGGUGAGGCUACCUGCUGGGGUCCGGGUGGCUGUGGAACUGGCUGCCACCGGUGUCCCCCCACCCUGCCGGUGGCGGGGUCAGUGCCAGGUUCCAGAAAGAAGAGUGACACCACCACCUCGCCACCCCGAUAGCGCACUACAGCCCCAUGGCCCAGGUUGCCAGUGGACAGAGCGUGGCACCCGCCCAACGUUUGAGCCAGCGGAAGUCAGUCACCUGAUCACCUGGCAAGAUGGCCACUGCAGCAGUGACCUCCUGGCCUUGCUCCUGCCGCCGCGCUCCCACCUCAGUGUGGCCACGGGAUUUGGCUGUGCCACCAUCUACUGGUACAUGGAGAACAGGCAACUCAGACAGACACAAACGGUUCAUAAACCCAGUAUCUAUGAAAUGGUCAAGAUCCUUCCAUACGUCGGCUCCACAAAAUGCAUUCUGAGCAGAGACGGCAAUGGCGAAGGCGAAUAUUUAUAUACCACUUUUCAACAAAAGUCCCCAAAGCGGUUUACAUGAGAAAUCAAAAUCAAAUCAAAAUGAUAAAAAUAGUUCUCUAUCCCCGCAGGGCUCACAAUCUCAAAAGGAAACCUAAGAUAGACCCCAGCAACAGCCACUAGAGGGAUGCUGUGCUGGGGACAGAGAGGGCCAGUUGCUCUCCCCACUGCUCAAUCAAGAGAAUCACCACUUUUAAAAAGUGCCUCUUGGAUACAAGCGAAAGGCAAGAUGUGCCUGCCAAUCAAGGUUUUUAAUGAAGAUGAUCCGAAUCUUUCCAGUAUUGCACCAGACGAGCAGGAUUGAACCCUGCCCAUCAAGAAAGCAGUUCUGUGGCCUCGCUUCUCUCGACCCCCAUCCAGAACUUGACGAGCUUCCAGUUAAGCUCAGUGAAACAGACAUGAUCAUAAAUUGCUCUGGGGAAUGGAAAAUAAAAUAGGGCCAAGGGCAGUUCCCUUAGCUCUGGGGGAAAUCCUGCAACCCUAGUAAACGUUUCUACCUUUAAAAAAAACAACAAAAAAAGAUUGUAAUGUUGAGCUUAGCUUUCCGCAAUGCUGCCACACUCCCCCCAGCUCACAACCCCACACAGCUCUGGUCCAAAUGGCUCCUGGCUUUUAUUGAUUGAUUUAUUGGCACUUCUUGCAAAGAUGGGGAAAUCUUAUGAACCAAUCCUCCGGACUAUGUACAGAAGGGUGGUCAAAGUCCGAAUCUGGAAAGAUGACUGCCACUUUUGA